AUGCCUCCAAUCCCCAUCUUCUCGGACGCGCCGAUCAACCCCCAGACCGCCGCAAAGCCAGACGGCACAACACCGCAAACCGCAGCAGGCGGCAACAACCAACAGCCGCAGCCCACCCCGACCCGCACCACCGCCACGACCACCGCCGCCCCCGCCGCCCCCGCCGCCUUCGACCCAGCAGCGCCUCCACCCCCUCAACCCGGCGCCGCGCCAGUCCCUCCCCCCUCAGCAGCAGCGGCAACAGCGCACCAGCAACAACAACAAGACGCUGCACCACCACCGCCGCCCCAGCCCGGCGCCGCGCCCGUCCCCGCACCCACCGGUAGCAGCAGCAACAGCAGCGCGACGUCGCCACCCUCGGUCACAAAGACGGUGACGGAGACGGUGACGAUGAUGCCGCCGCAAUUCAGCAUCCCGGCGCCGGGCGCGAACGCGGCGGCGACGCAUUCGACGGAGAGCGGCUCGCCGCAGCAGCAAUUAUACGGUAGCAAUGGCAAUGGCGCUGGUGGUGCGCCAACGACGAUCAAUUUCGGGGCGGUGGUUGGGGAUGGCGGGCAGACGACGACGACGAGGACGCGGGGGUCGAGCACGGCGAGCUUGGAGCAUCCGCCGGGUUAUGUGCAGAACCAGUACCCUGACGGAACGGCGGCGCAGAGAGCGGCGUUGGAGGCCGCGGCGGCGAGGGAGAGGGAGGAAGGCGGCGUGUGGGGCACGGUCAAGGGCCUCGCUGCCACCGUGGGCGAGGGGUUGAAGAAGGCGGAUCAGGAGGCUUGGAAGUUGGUGGGAGGCUCGGGGAAGUAG